CUCAAGGAGGCGGAACUGAAUAAAAGGAAAGCGUUUUCUACCGAACGCAUUUUGAACAAGUACGCGUUCUCCCGUUGCCGUGGCAGCAGCGACUUCAGGAAGAAGGCUCGGGCGGUUAAUGAUGGAUGCUCGAGAGACAGAUCUGCUGGGUGGCGGCGAGAACAUAGUUGAAAUGCAGAAUUUGGAAGAAGAGGAUUUUGCUGUUUCAAAAUCAUCAGAUGCUGAUGCAGAAUUUGACAUGGUUAUUGGGAACAUUGAGGAUAUUAUAAUGGAGGAUGAAUUCCAAAAUCUUCAGCAGUCUUUCAUGGAGAAAUAUUACCUUGAGUUUGAUGACUCCGAGGAGAACAAGCUCAGCUAUACACCAAUUUUUAAUGAAUACAUUGAAAUCCUAGAAAAACAUCUGGAACAGCAGUUGGUAGAGCGAAUUCCUGGAUUCAACAUGGAUGCCUUCACCCAUUCACUUAAACAGCACAAAGAUGAAGUCUCAGGUGACAUACUUGACAUGCUGCUCACUUUCACUGACUUUAUGGCCUUUAAAGAGAUGUUCCUUGAUUACAGAGCAGAAAAGGAGGGUAGAGGAUUGGACCUUAGUACCGGACUGGUGGUGAAGUCUUUAAAUUCUGCUUCCGCUUCUCCUAUGACCUCCAGCAUGGCCUCACAAUCCAGCUGAACCAAUGGGCAUUUCAUGUAAAUGAACUUGAUCGGUCAACACAUGAUUAUUUCCAUCUAAAAUGAUGAAUACUUAUUAAAAAUCCCUUUCCGACACAUCCCAAAACAAACAGCCACUGCUAUACUAACUUGACAGAAGGGAGUCAGUGUUUAAUUUAGGUUAAUGUUUAAACGUAACAUUUAGGUAAACUGUCAGCUUAUCCGCUGUGACUCCUCUGACACAGUAUUCAUAUGUGAUCUGUCAUAAAAUCCAAACUCAGUCUGGAUCAGUCUUUCAUAUCUUGUUGACUGAUGUAGAAAGCUGUAAUGAGCAUGUGAGGAUCUCAAAGCUGCCACUUUAAUCCAUUUUCAUAUAGAACCCCUUCAUAUUAGUGGGUGAAUCCUUAUAUAUCGUUAUAUACCAAAAUAAUUCCUUUCACUUGACAAUCAUAAAGGGCUUUUCAUUACAAAAGUAUUAUACAGUGUGCCUAAUAUGAAAGUUCUAAAAAAAAAAAAAAAUUCAUCUACAAGACUUGCAGUUUCCCCAAAUGAAAUGUUACAGAAUUUAAAAAAAUAUGGUGUUUAUACAUUGACCAGAAACAAUGCAAAUAAUCUCAGUUUUUCAUGCUUUUUAAUGUGAUAUUGAGUCCAUGUUUUUGAUGGCUCUCGUAUCUUCUGAGUGACAAUGAGAAGGAAAGAGAUUUUCAAAAUAGUACUACUAAAAAUAGCCUUUUUACUCCCUUCUUUACUUAGAAGAAUGUGGUGUUCUUACUAGAUGAAUGUUGCGUAAUUGUGUACAUUUGUUUAUUAUUUGUAUAUAUAGACAUAUUUGAGCCUUUGUAUGAAAGAAAU